CUGUAUUCUGUGGUCUGUGCUUGUACUCGCUUCUCACGUCGUCUCACGGCUCACGGUAAACUUGCGAAUGAAUGUUACACAUUGUUUCUUGUCGGACUCGUAAAUAACUAUUGCCGUUCAAUUAAGCUCACAAUAUGUCUUUGAAUCCAGCUUAUGAGGCUAUUGGAAAGGGGUUUGUACAACAAUAUUACGUGCUAUUUGACGACCCGUCCCAGAGGCCUUCGCUAGCCGCCAUGUAUAACCCAGAAACGUCUUUUAUGACUUUUGAAGGUGUUCAACUACAGGGUACAGUUAAAAUAAUGGAAAAAUUAAAUAGUUUAACUUUCCAAAAAAUCAAUAGAGUUGUAACAUCUGUGGACUCACAGCCAAUGUUUGAUGGUGGUAUAUUAAUCAAUGUCUUAGGUCGUUUACAGUGUGAUGAAGAUCCACCUCAUCCAUUUAAUCAAGUGUUUGUAUUAAAAUCAGUAGGUAGUACUUUCUAUUGUGCCCAUGACAUCUUUCGUUUAGGAAUUCAUGAUACUAUGUAAGACAUUGUAUCAUUAUAUUAUGUUUAAUGUCAUUUAUGUGUUGUCAAUAAAUCAGUUUUGGUAACCAAUGAUUAUAAAAGAAACAAUUUUUUAAGCAUGAAUGUGUAUAGUUUUUCAAAAAACAAUUGUAUCCUCAAUUUAAUUAAUUUUAUCUCUUAAAGUUUGAUUUGCUGGAAUAAAUUUUACUUGAAAGUUUUUUUUUGGUAUCAUGUUAACUAAUUAUAAUUUUAAUGUAGAUUAAUACUGAACAGAUUUUAUAUUUUUGAUUAAUAUUAAUUGUCUGUCUCUACUUACACAAAUACAUAGAAUUAAAAUUGUUAAGAGUUAUUUAUUUUGAGUGUUCAUUAAACAACUAAAUUAAAAACAAAAUUUAGAAUAAUUAUGGAAUAUAUUAAAAAAUAAUAUGAUGUAUUUUUGUAUAACCUAUAAAUACAACUAUUACUAAU